AUGUGGAAUUUCAUCUCUGAUAAUGAGAGAUGGGUCAUUGGCAUUAGUAGAAGUAUUGAUUUCUGGAAUGACAACUGGCUGGGCCCUAAACCCAUUCGGGACUUAUCUGAUCUAGUUGAGGACGUUUUGUCAAGUCUUUCUCAUCCUGUGGCUGAUUUCAUUGACAAUGGCAAAUGGGAUGGUUUAAGAUGCCCUAAUCUAGCGGUUUCAUGGGCUGCUCUUGUUUGGCAUAAGCACCUUCCUCCAAGGCUCUCUUUGUUGGGAUGGCGCUGGCUUCAUAGGAAACUCCCAACAGAUGAUCUAAUCCAAGUCAAGGGGAUUCAAUUUCCUUCAAAGUGCGACUUAUGUGAUCUAAGCACUGAGACUUUCUCCCAUUUGUUUCUUGAUUGCCAAUUAUCUUCUGCUCUAUGGAGCAAAACUACUGAGCUAUUUAAUGAGGUUUGGAUUUGGAAAGCCAUUGUGGUUGAGAUAGCGGGCUUUUGGAGCAAUAAGGGGAAAGGUUGGUGUUUGAAAGAGACCUGGUUGGCUGGCCUAUUUUCCACACUGGCUGCUAUAUGGCAUGAAAGGAACCAGAGGCACUUUGAGGGGAAAAAGAGAAGCCCAUCUGUGAUCUUCAAUGGCAUUAAAGGGAAGAUUGUUUUCCUAUGUAGCAGACUGAAGUUCUCGCCCAAGUCAGUUGCGGAUCUUAUCCUCUGCAGUAGGUUACAUCUUGAAAACUCUAGUCAGCCAAUGCUCCGUAUCUUGGAAGUUCACUGGUGCAAGCCCAUGAGAUCUUGGGUGAAGCUUAAUUCUGAUGGUUGCUCCCUUGGAAAUCCAGGUCGUGCUGGAGGUGGUGGCAUCCUUGGGGAUCAUGACGGCAGAAUGCUGAUCAGGCUCAUUCCAUGGUUUUUGCUUCAGGAGUGGAAUCAUCUUUUUAGUUACUUAAUAAACUCUAUUGAGUGGAAGAUUUCCCACUACUACAGAGAAGCAAAUCCUAUCGCGGACUUUCUUGCUAAGGAUGCAGCCAAAUCUGGGACCUCCUCUGAUGAUGUUUCCCUUCCUUAG